ACUCAAUGAAGCUUACUUGUUUGAGCAAAGGCGAGGGCUUUCACUUCCCACCAUGUCAUAUGCUGAAUUUUUGUGGGCUCAGGAUCUUACUGGAUUGCCCACUUGACCUCUCAGCUCUCACUGUGUUCUCUCCUGUACCGGCUGGAUUUACAGCCUCACGCUGCAAAGGAAGAAACAACUCUCAAACCUUUGAUUCUCUGGGCUUAGAAGUUGGGUCUGACAAGAGGCUCAAAAUGGAAAAGCCCCUUGAUGCUAAUAGUUUAAUUUUUGCAGAACCUUGGUAUAAGUCUGUUAAGAAUUUGCAUCUGUGGAACUGGUGUUCUAUUGAUGUUAUAUUGAUCUCAAGACCUAUGGGCAUCCUGGCAUUACCUUUUCUUACUCGCAUGACAGGUUUUUCAGCUAAGAUUUAUGUAACUGAAGUAUCAGCAAGAUUCGGCCAAUUUAUGAUGGAGGAUCUUGUAUCAAUGCAUGCUGAGUUAAGGCAGUUUUAUGGACCAGAGGAAUCUAACUUCCCUUCAUGGCUGAGGCAGGAAGCACUUGAAAUGCUUCCUUCUGAGUUGAGAGAAAUAAUUUUGGGCAAAGAUGGAGAAGAGCUAGGAAGUUGGAUGCCAUUGUAUAGUGCAGCAGAUGUGAAGGAUUGCAUGCUGAAGGUUCAGACACUUAAAUAUGCCGAAGAAGCCUGCUAUAAUGGCACCUUGGUUAUAAAGGCAUUGAGCUCCGGUGUAGAAUUUGGUGGUUGUAACUGGAUUUUAAGUGGUCCAAAGGGGAAUGUUGGCUAUAUUUCAUGCUCCAGCUUCAACUCCGCUCAUGCAAUGAAUUUUGAUUUCCAUAGUCUACAAGGGACUCGUAUAUUAAUUUAUUCAGAUUUCUCAUCCGUAAGAAUCACACCAAAUGUUGAAGAUGACAAUAGUUCCUCUAAACCAUCUGUUAAUGACUCAUUAUUUCUCGGUGAUGACAACAGCAGCUAUGUCGAACAAGCAGAAUGCUUCCUCAACUCUGAUGAAAAUUCAGAAGAAAAGGAAAAGCUGGUUUUCAUAUCAGCCUGUGCUAUUGAGUGUGUGAAAGAUGGUGGUUCAGUGCUGAUUCCAGUUAGUCAAUUUGGAACUCUUCUGCAGCUUUUGGAGCAACUGAUAGCUUCGCUAGAAUCUUCAGCAAUGGGGGUUCCAAUUUAUAUAAUUUCUUCCGUGGCAGAGGAAUUACUGGCGUUCCUUAAUAUCAUACCAGAAUGGCUUUGCAAACAACGACAAGAAAAGCUAUUUGCUGGGGAACCAUUGUUUGUACAUGCCAAUCUUAUAAAACAGAAAAGGCUUCAUGUGGUUCCAGCUAUUUAUUCACAUAAACUCCUAAUGAAUUGGCAGGAACCAUGUAUUGUAUUUGCUCCGCAUUGGAGUCUUCGCCUUGGCCCUGUUGUUCAUUUGCUUCGACGUUGGUGUGGGGAUUCAAAAUCUUUACUUAUCCUUGAGGAUGUUCUGAAUCCUGAACUAGCACUUCUGCCUUUUAAGCCAAUUGCAAUGAGGGUUCUUCAAUGUGCGUUUCCCUCUGGAAUAGAGUUGCCAAAAGUACAACCUUUGCUGAAGAUAUUGCAGCCAAAGAUAGUUCUGUUUCCUGAGGAUUUAAGGUCACAGAUCAGCUUUUCUAGUGCAAAUUCAUUCACAACUUCUUAUUACACUGAAGGAAAAACUCUGCGAGUACCGUGCCAAAAAGACAACAUAGAGUUAAAAAUUGCGACUGACUUGGCUUCCCAAUUCCACUGGAAGAAAUUAAAGGAGGGAGACAUCAAUAUCUCAAGAUUAAAGGGGGAGUUAUUCCUGGAAAAUGCUAAACAUCACUUGCUCCUGCAAAACGAGCAAGAAGAUUCGUCGAAACGAAGGCCUCUGCUUCAUUGGGGUUCACCCGAUAUGGGAAGGCUUUUGACAGCACUAUCAAAGUUGGGCAUUAAUGCAACUCUGGAACGUGUUAAAAGUAAUACUGAGUCACAGAGUACCUGUAUACUCCAUGUGCAGGACCCUCACAGGGCUUUAAUUCAGGUUGGAGCAACCAGUACUGUUAUUACUGCUGCAAAUGAGAAUGUGGCUAACUUAAUUUUUGAAGCUAUAGAUAGCAUUAUGGAUGGGAUUUGAUUUUGUGGCCUCUCUUUCUCUGAUGUUUGUACAGAAUCUUAUUUCAUGGUAACAAAGUUAACCAUGACUUUUGUGGUGACUUGGUUGUUUAUUAACACUGGGAUUAUCAUUUAAAUGAAACUAAAGGUUUGUCAGGGAAGACUCACCAUUUGCUA